GACAACAGAAUUAUGUUUUGCUUUUGUGGAAAUGGUGUGUUUGUUAUCUAUUUGAAAUGUUCCAAACUUAAGCUAUUUGUUUUUUAUUAUUUACAAAUGAAACCUGUUGUGUGCAUAAAAUAAUCGGAACACAGCAGUUCGUUUUGUAUUGUCCCUACAGAAAAUGGCAUUAUCGCAAUUAGUUGAAAAAUUGAAGUUUGGUGAAAAGUAUAUUUUAGCUAAUAUUGUAGUUAUGCCGUUAGCAAAACCACCGGAUUGUGACGAGUGUAGGCUUCCAGCGCGAAACAAAUUCCUGACGCUUGAUAUCUGGGAAUCGUUUGUAUACCGAAAGCUGUACGAUCUGUUCCGCAAACAUAUUGUCGAACAUGAUAAGGAUCCGCUGUACCAGUUAAACACGGAAUACCACUUGAUUUGCAACGAUCGGCCUUACCUGCAAAUGAAAUAUGUGUUCCGAGACAAACAUUAUCGCAACAAUUUAAACAUUCUAUUCAAGGAAAAGCUCACAAAUUUGCAUGAAACUUGUGUUUACGUAGAGAUCAGCGAUCUGGGGCAGGCCAUUUUCGAUAAAGUGGAAAAUCUUGGCAAAACUAUACAGCGCUUGUCUAGAGAAAUCGAACAAUCUAGGCGAGAAAAUACUAAUGUUGCCGCAGAAGCAAAUAAGUUGAAAAUUUCCAACAGUUGCUUAUCGUCAGAGGUUGAAGAGUACCACCCGGAACCGGUUAAAAAGGGUGCCAGAAACGCCUAUGAAGAAUACGUUCCCGUUACUCGAAACGGUGCAUCUCCAGGCAUUAAACGAACUUAUAAACCUUCUAAAAUAACCGAUGGGGGCAAACCGGUUGGCUCUGUGGAGCCUGAUCCCUACACGCCGGGAACAAUCGACACACCUAGUAAAAUAUCCUACACGCCAACAUCUAGCCCACAGAAUAAAGUGGAUUCGCGAAGAAACGUUGUUGUCACACCAGUCAAGCCUGAAAAAAAUCUCUUCGGGUCAGACGAUGAUGAUGAGUACGAUCCGACGAGUACAAAAAGUCCUGCCGAACAACAGACAAAAAACGAUAGCGGAAAAGACAUGUUUUCCGAUAGUGAACAACACUCGAUAAACGACGAUUCUGAUCUGAAACCGACGGCCUCCGAUCCUUCGUAUCUUGCGAAGCGAGAAGUUUUACCGCGGAGCAGUAAACAAAAUAUACGCAGUUUGCUAACUGAAAGUCCGGAAGAGAAGGCACAGCGUAAAGCGUCUAAGAAAUUGGCAAAAUCGGUGGAAGAAAACCUAAAUAAAAUAAUGCAGCUUAAGAAAGUGAUUCGUAAAAAAACUGUUCCAAAAAAGGAAGGUUCACUAAAAAAACAAAGUAAAAUAGAUAAAAUUUGCGAGGUAGCUACAAACAUUAGAAGACUGUCUAAGGUGGAAGUGCUCGAUUGCAUCAACUUGUCGAAGGAAGAAAUUUUAGAGACAUUCAGUCAAUACAAGCAAGAACUGCGGGGGCUAUAUUUAAGAAAUAAGGAUCACACGGAACGUCAGUGGAAAUCGUCCAGGGAACUGUGCUACUUUACUGAUCUUGGAAACAUUCUGGACGACGAGCAGAAGUUUGCCAUGAUGCAGCACCUGGAGGAUGAAUUUGUGCCAGAACAUCAACGAGGAAAGUAUACCGAAUUUUUUACUUCGGCACUGGUGAUGGAGUGGGGGUUACGAAUUUUUAUGGAACGACACCAUUUCACCAGUCGCGAGAUGGCCUUAGAACGCAUUAAGCAACAGGAACAGUCUUACAUUGCCUCCCUAUCGGACGAUUUCAUGUUGAAGUACCAUUAAGAUAAGGGAUACAUUCAAGCCUUCAACAAAGGAAGUGUGUUGGCAGUUCAGCAGUUCACGCGCUGUAACACGACUCAUUUCGAAUGAAUGUUAUAAUAUUAUGUCAUAAUCACGGUUCAUCCCUUGAAAAUGAUUGAUUUUAUUGAAUACAUUUUCUAUUUGCAAAUAACACAAA